UUGCCCAUCGAUGCCCAAAUCUCCCAGCUGAAGGGAUCCACCCUGGAGAUCUGCCAGAUUCGCUUCAACACGGUGUUCAACGCCGACACCAAGGCCUGGGAGUGUGGGCAGCACUGCCACAGGGGGGAGAGAGGCCCCACAGCUGGAUUCCAGCAGAUCUACCUGGAGCCACUGCUCAAAUUCCACGAGAGCCUGCGCGUCCUGCUGCAGGCCAUGCUGCUCUUCUCACCUGGUGAGCACCUGACAGACCAUGCUGGCAUCGCCGAGCGCGACCUCAUCGACCAGUUCCAGGAGAAGGUGGCUCUGACCCUCAAGAGCUACAUUGACCAUGAGCAUCCCAUGCCUGAAGGCAGGUUCCUCUAUGCGAAGCUGCUGCUGCUGCUGACGGAGCUGAAGACGCUGAAGGUGGAGAACACGCGGCAGAUCCUCCACAUCCAGGACCUGUCGAGCAUGACACCGUUGCUCUCCGAGAUCAUCAGCUGA